CCCAUAGAAGGGGACUUUGUUCUUUUGGAWUCAUCGGAAACAAAGCUGCUUCAAAUAGAGUCAUUGGUCACACUUGAUGACGAAAUUAACAUUCCAUUUCAUAUUUUGGCAAAAUAUCCUCGGCUUCGAGUAUUCACCAAUUUGGCCGAUAUUCAUUUCUAUAUCCUGAGCCCGAAUACACUGGGGCUUUUAUCCCAAUUGAGAACAUAUCAGUUAGAGACAAGCCGUGAAAUUAUGGUUUCCUUUCGCGAAGAAUUUAUCCCUUGGCUUGUAUCUCGCCAGUAUUUUGAGAGAAAUUUUAAUCUUGAUGACGAAGAGCUUGUCGUUUUGGGAGACAACGAAGCUACCAUUUCGGAGGGUUCAGAACAAUAUUCGUUCAUGUUGGAAGACUUGGAAUGUAUGGUGGAGGAUUCUUAUUCAUCUCUAGUUAACUAUCAACAAGAAGAAACCACAUCUUACAAGUGUUCUGCAUUCAUCACAGAUGCACAGAUACCAGAUUUUAACACAUAUGCCCCGCCGCUCAGAGUAAACACAAUUACAUCGUUCAGCGAGGCCAAUAGACAGGCCAUUAAACUUAUUCCUGCUGCAUCUAGAAUUUUUGCCAAUUGCGAGGUUGGGCUGAAAAGCCAGAUUGGUCAGGAUUCUCUCAUCAGGGAGAAUGUCUUUAUUGGCGAUAGAUCCUCAAUUAAAAAAUCAAUUAUUGGAAAUAAUUGCAAGCUUGGUUCUGGCGUCAAGCUCAACAAUUGUAUCCUCUUGGAGUGUGUUAUUGUUGAAAACGACGUCAAGUUGGAUAAUUGCAUCGUUUGCUCGAAUGUAAUUAUCAAAGAAAAAGCAUCCCUGAAAGACUGUGAAGUUGGACAAGAUUUUGUGGUCGAAUCAAACUGUAACACUGCCCCCUCUCGCUAA